CUGCUUUUCUCCGCCAAAGUAGCCUCGCCACCGCGUGGUCAUGUCUUUUUCUCAUAGAUUCCUCCCAAACGCGUCCUUGUACUCCUCCUCCUACCACUUCUUUUUAAAUUCCACUAAUUCUCUCUCUAACUGCGACACCUAUUCUCUCUCUCUCUCUCUCGCUAAAUAUUAAACAACCGUAACAGUAAUUACACCUAUAAGAGCCAAAUACGCCAAUACAUAUAAUCACUACACACAGACAUACAUAUACAUUUUUUUAUCUCUAUCUCUAUCUAUAUAUUUUUUCGAUCGAUUGCAUAAAAUGAGAGGUUUGCCAAAGCACGAGCGCCGAUGGGCCUCCGACACGGUCCCUGAAAAGUCCGUCGUGAGCACAGGGACCUCGCCAGGUACGGAAUCGACAUCCGCCGAGGAGUUCGUAGAAGUGACGCUUGAUCUUCAAGCAGAUGAUACGAUCGUGCUCCGAAGUGUAGAGCCGGUGGAACCGUCGGCAGUGUUCAGCAUCGAAGAUGGCGCCUCCGCUGGUACGGCGACUCCGACGACUUCAGCUUCUCGAUCGCCUUCAAGUAUCAGGCGGAGCUCGUCGAAUAAAUUCCGGCAGUUCUCGCAGGAACUGAAAGCAGAGGCGGUGGCAAAAGCGAGGCAGUUUUCGCAGGAGUUAAAAGCAGAGCUAAGGCGGUUCUCGUGGAGCCACGGACACGCAUCGCGCGUGCUUUCUGCUUCAACCUCUUUGAAUGGCGGUGGUGUGGAGUCGGCUCUUGCUGCUCGAGCUCUGAGGAGGCAGCGAGCGCAGCUUGAUCGGACUCGAUCUGGUGCGCAUAAAGCGCUGCGUGGAUUGAGAUUCAUAAGCAACAGUAAAACCAACGGUGUCGAUGCAUGGAACGGAGUCCAGGCCAAUUUCGAGAAGCUCGCCAAAGACGGCUUCCUCUAUCGCGUAGAUUUCGCACAAUGCAUAGGGAUGAAGGACUCCAAGGAAUUUGCACUCGAACUGUUCGACGCAUUAGGUAGGAGAAGGAGAUUGAAGGUUGAAAAAAUUAGCAGAGAUGAGCUUUACGAGUUCUGGUCACAAAUUACAGAUCAAAGCUUCGAUUCUCGCCUUCAGAUCUUCUUCGACAUGGUAGACAAGAAUGAAGACGGUAGAAUGACCGAAGUGGAAGUAAAAGAGAUCAUUAUGCUCAGUGCUUCUGCUAACAAGUUAUCGAGAUUAAAGGAACAGGCAGAGGAAUAUGCAGCUUUGAUCAUGGAAGAGUUAGAUCCUGAAAGACUUGGCUACAUUGAGCUAUGGCAACUGGAGACCCUGCUUCUACAGAGGGACACUUACCUAAGUUACAGUCAAGCACUAAGCUACACAAGCCAAGCCUUGAGCCAAAACCUACAAGGGCUAAGAAGAAGAGGCCCAAUAAGAAGAAUGGGCCGGGAAUUGCUCUACUAUUUGCAAGAGAAUUGGAGGAGAAUUUGGGUUUUGACAUUAUGGGUUGCGAUUAUGAUUGGCCUUUUCACAUGGAAGUUCUUUCAGUACAAGCAGAAAAGUGCGUUCAAGGUCAUGGGUUAUUGUCUCUUGACGGCUAAGGGGGCUGCCGAGACCUUGAAGUUCAACAUGGCCCUUGUUCUCUUGCCCGUCUGUAGAAACACUAUCACUUGGUUAAGGUCCACCAAAUUGGGGUACAUGGUGCCUUUUGACGACAAUAUCAAUUUCCACAAGACUAUUGCAGCAGCAAUUGUAAUUGGUGUCAUUCUCCAUGCGGGUAAUCACCUUGCAUGUGAUUUCCCCAGGCUAGUGAAUACAUCACAAUACGACAAGUACCUGAGCCAUGACUUCGGAUCGCACCAACCAAAAUACAUAGACCUGGUUAAAGGGCCAGAAGGUGUGACCGGAAUUUUGAUGGUGAUCUGCAUGGCUAUUGCUUUUACACUUGCUACACGAUGGUUCAGGCGUAGCCUCAUCAAGUUGCCUAGACCUUUUGAUAGGUUGACCGGCUUCAAUGCCUUUUGGUACUCACACCACCUUUUUGUGAUUGUUUACAUCCUGCUAAUCAUCCAUGGGACAUUCCUCUAUCUCGUGCACAGAUGGUACACAAAAACGACAUGGAUGUAUCUUGCUGUUCCGGUUUUGUUAUAUGCUGGAGAAAGGGCUUUAAGAUUCUUUCGCUCUGGCUUUUAUACUGUUCGGCUUCUGAAGGUUGCAAUCUAUCCUGGAAAUGUUCUGACCUUGCAAAUGUCUAAGCCUAACCAGUUCCGGUACAAAAGUGGACAAUAUAUGUUUGUCCAGUGCCCUGCUGUCUCUCCAUUUGAGUGGCAUCCAUUUUCCAUUACCUCUUCUCCAGGGGAUGACUACCUUAGUGUCCAUAUUAGACAGUUAGGAGAUUGGACGCAAGAACUUAAAAGGGUAUUCUCAGAGGCAUGUGAGCGGCCUGUAGCUGGGAAGAGUGGGCUUCUCAGGGCAGAUGAAACCACCAAGACAAGUUUGCCAAAGCUCUUGAUAGACGGGCCAUAUGGUGCCCCAGCACAAGACUAUCGGAAAUAUGAUGUCCUGUUACUUGUUGGUCUUGGAAUUGGAGCAACGCCUUUCAUCAGCAUUUUAAAAGAUCUGCUCAACAACAUUGUCAGAAUGGAGGAGCAGGCAGAUUCUGCUUCGGAUUUCAGUAGGACAUCGGACUUAAGUACUGUCGGUAAUGAUUCUACAACACCAAAUAGAGUGUCACCGAGACGCAAAAAACCUCUUAGGACAACCAAUGCAUAUUUCUACUGGGUUACAAGGGAGCAAGGCUCAUUUGAUUGGUUCAAAGGGGUCUUGAAUGAAGUAGCAGACCUUGAUCAAAGGCGUGUGAUUGAGAUGCACAACUACUUGACUAGUGUUUAUGAGGAAGGUGAUGCAAGAUCAACUCUCAUCACCAUGGUCCAAGCACUAAAUCAUGCCAAGAACGGGGUCGACAUUGUCUCUGGCACCAGGGUGCGGACCCAUUUUGCGAGGCCUAACUGGAAGAAAGUUUUCUCUAAACUGUGUUCCAAGCACUGUAAUGCUACAAUAGGAGUGUUUUACUGCGGGGCACCAGUUUUAGCCAAAGAACUCAGCAAACUCUGCUAUGAGUUCAAUCAAAAAGGUGGUACGAAGUUCGAUUUUCACAAGGAGCAUUUCUAAAGGAUUGAUGGGUUCGUAUAUAACAACUCCUUACAUUCCCAACAAUCUUGGAACUGCAUAUAUAACACUUCACAAGAAAAAUACGAUUUUUCCAAAUGAGUGGAUCAAACCAUGAAGAGGUGAAGCCCUGUACAGCAUAGAAACGUAGAUGCAUACAAAUAUUACUGUGUACCAGUACAAACAGUAAGUUAUCCUGGAUGCUGAGUUUCCUAAGAAUUAUAAUGAUAAAUAAAACUGCACCUGCCAAGAAAUGUGCACAAGGUUCCAAGAGAGGUAGCAUGAGGAGGAAAAGUGACAUUGCAAGGAGCGAAAGUGCGGUACAGCUGCAAUGGAGAGGCCUAACUAAUUGUCAAAGAUAUGGUAUUGUUGGCAUGAUUGGUAGAGACAUUCCAUGGUGGGAUAGAAGAAGACAGUCUUAAAAAGAGAGAAUAGAAGUUGAGGUAGGUUUUGUGGACUCUGAAGGUGGACGAUUGGGAUGGUUUUUUCUCUUCAACUUAUUAUUAAUUCCUUUUGAAGUGGGCUAGGAGAAUCCUUCUAGAAUGUCAAUGAUAUUCAUACUUUAGAACGAGGAAAAAAUAUGUAAAUAAUAUGCCGUUUUUAUACUAUCAUAGGGAGAUAGGGAGUAUUAAUAUAUUUGGCUAUUGGAAAGAAAAGAGGGCCAUGCAUUGUAUAAUCAACCGAUUUUCAGAUGCCUGGAGCAGUGUUGUAGGAUCGAAAGGUGCCUGGAUCAAUUAGUUCCUUCAAUUACUUCUUCAUUAAGUAUCAUAGAAGUCCUGUACUUACCCAAAAGGGUCAAUUGAGUGCUUGUGCCUGUUUUUUGGGCCAAAAAAGCCAUGUACUUUAAACAAUGGACCUCGUUAACCCUUCUGUCUAUUUUCCAUAAAAAAUUGUUGACAUGGACCGUAAUAUAUUACAUGC